AUGGGAACGACCAAGCACACCCGCCGCAUAUCCCUGCUGUGCAGGGCGCCCCUGCACCGCCUGAUCAACAGGGGCGUCCGCAAGUCGCUGGUGCCGAUCGCCAGCGUCGCCAGGGCCCCGGAGAGGACCAACGGCUCCCGUCUCGGCGCCAUCUCCCUCCGCCGCAAGAUCAAGAAUUUGCCCCAAAAGAAGUUGGCGUUCCACAAGCUCGUAAGCAAGAUCGUGCAGGAGAAGACCACGGAGGCACCCCCGGACGCCUUCCCACCGCCGGGUACGACCCCCGGCGAGGACCCCUUCUCCACCGUCUGCCUCGCCGCCUCCCGCCUGGGCCUGGCCGUCCCUGAUCCCGUCGCCACAGACCCCACGCCGAUGGCCGACUGCGCGGAGAUUCUGGUGGAUCAGGGCGACCUCUGCGGGGUGCUGGACGACGAGGUGGCGCGGCUGCGGCUGGAGCGGGAGGUGCACGGGCUGGCGAACGCCGAUCGGCUGCGGGCGCUGGCGUCGAGGAUGGGGGAGGCCAGGGGGGCGCUACUGGGCACGAGGCUGGGGAGCGUGGCGCUGUGCCGGCGGCUGAAGGGCGCGCCAGCUGGCCGGGCGGCCGUGCCGGUGGAGGUGGAGCAGCAGGGGGCGUUCCUUGCGCUGCUGGACGUGAUGAGGUGA